CUUGAGGACUUCAAGAUUCAAUCUUUAUUUGAUUCUGUUAAAAGAUUAAUAUAAGAAAUUUGCGCUUUAUUUCUUUUAUGUCAUGGGUCCCUUCUGGCGAUGCUGUGGUUUUCUUUAAUGUAGAAAUCAUUUUAUUAUUUCCAUAUGUUUGGUUUUAAAAUUUAGUUUUAGUUUUCUUGGCAAAUGUCUCCUGAUAUAGUGCAAGAAGGAAUCAGAUGUGACCUGGGUUGUUGAGUGGGUUCAAACCUUCAUAAAUGAUUAUACAUAUUACUGUGAGGAAAACAAUUUAUUAGUAUCUUUUGGCAAUGUUGUCCAUUAUCUUUCUUAUUUAAUUUGUAAAACAUCUAUCUUAUGUAUAGUUUAUGAUUUCUCUUAUCAGUGAGGCAUUUUAAGCCUUUGACUUCUCUUUAGGUUUCCCAGUAAGUAUCUCUUUGCUAUGAGGAGGCUUUCAUUGAAAAAUCAACAUAGAUUUUUAUCUACGAAUGUCUAAUUCCUUUGUUUUUUGUUUUUUUUUCAUUUCUCUGCAUGAGUAUCUUUCUUGGACAAAACUUUGGCCUAUAUACUAGACAUGAAAAUUUGAUUCAUUUUAUCGUGUAUGUGGAUGUUAUAAUGAUUCAAGUGCACAAGGAGCUUAAAUAUGGAGAAGCUCUGAAGUUGGACAUAUGUGACGAAUAAUUACAUAAUUAUUCUUCUUUUUAGUUCGGAGACAUUUCUGAUGAUAUUUUUCUUUUGGACAUUAAUGAUGAUCUGGUCACAAAUUCUUUAUUUUGAUGUGGAUCCUAAAUGCAUCCUUUUUAUGAGGUUACCGUAAUCAGUACUUCUGAUUUAUUUAAUAUAAUACUAUGGGCUGCACGGUGUAAUUUCAAAUGCUGAUCUGCCUGUUGAUUUAGUGAUCACUGAUAUAAGUGACAGGUUAAUAGUGUUGAAAGAGAACGAAAGGAUAGAAGAAAGUAAAUUGACGCCAAGGAGUGUUUGAAGGAGAUCAAUCAUGAGUUACCAGACUGAAACCAGUGAAGCCACUAGAAAUGAGGGAAAGUUCUUUGCAAUGAUCAUCUGCUGGCUUCUAGGAAAUGGAUGCCUUUUCUCAUGGAAUAGCAUGCUAACAAUUGAAGAUUACUAUGUUUACCUUUUUCCAAGGUAUCACCCCACAAGAGUUCUUACACUUGUUUAUCAACCUUUUGCCCUUGGAACACUUGCAAUACUAGCAUACAAUGAGUCAAAAAUCAACACCAGAAAGCGCAACCUAGCUGGAUAUACUUUGUUCUUCUUAAGUUCUCUGCUACUGAUUGUGUUGGAUGUGGCAACAUCUGGAAGAGGCGGGAUUGGAGUCUUUAUUGGUAUAUGUGCCAUCAGUGGAGCAUUUGGAGUUGCUGAUGCUCAUGUUCAGGGGGGGAUGGUUGGUGAUCUGUUCUUGAUGUGCCCAGAAUUCACACAGUCCUUCUUGGCUGGCUUGGCUGCAUCUGGGGUUUUAACAUCUGCUUUGAGAUUAAUAACAAAGGCAGCUUUCGAGAAUACCCAAGAUGGUCUUCGCAAAGGAGCCAUGAUGUUCUUCGCAAUCUCAGCAUUUUUCGAGCUACUCUGUGUGCUUUUGUAUGCAUUCAUCUUUCCCAAACUGUCCAUUGUGAAGUACUACCGUUCAAAAGCAGCUUCAGAAGGAUCUAUGACAGUUGCUGCUGACCUUGCUGCUGCUGGCGUCCAAAAGCAACAUGAUCAAGGAGUCUGUAUCUUUUUGAAAGCUGAAGAGGACCCAAAACUUUUGGACCGGUUGUCGAACAAACAGUUGUUAUCGCAAAACUCUGAUUAUGCAAUUGACAUAUUUCUGAUAUAUGUUUUGACAUUGUCAAUUUUCCCUGGAUUCUUGUCUGAGGAUACUGGGUCCCACAGCUUGGGUUCAUGGUAUGCACUCGUCUUGAUUGCGAUGUAUAACGUGUGGGACCUCAUAGGGAGAUAUGUACCUCUUGUAAAACAACUCAAGUUGACGCCACGGAAGGUCCUCAUGGUUGCAAUUAUUUCACGUUUCUUGCUUAUUCCAGCAUUCUACUUCACAGCAAAAUACGGAGAUCAAGGAUGGAUGAUUAUGUUGACAUCAUUUUUAGGACUAAGCAAUGGUUAUCUUACUGUGUGUGUGCUUACUGCAGCACCAAAAGGAUACAAGGGACCUGAACAAAAUGCAUUGGGGAACUUGCUUGUCGUUUUUCUUCUAGGAGGUAUAUUCUCAGGGGUUACACUUGAUUGGUUGUGGCUCAUAGGCAAAGGCUGGUGAUGCUGCAGCACUAACACGCAUGAAGUCUACCAAGAACAGCUUGUUUGUAUAGAUUAAAAAAAUUGUCCUACAGUUUCCUUUUUUCUGAUUUUAUGAGAACUAAAUUGUUCUACAGUUAUAUUUCAUAAGUGACAAGAGCAUGAUUUUUAUUUCUGCCUAACAAAAUUUAUAUGGAAAAAGAUUGUUUCAUCAGAUAAAAGAUCAAUACAAAUUUGUUUCUAGUUUUAUGACAA